GCCGCGAUCUUACACACAUGACACGCGUAGAGCAUAUACGAGAUCAGAUUAUGAGGGGUCAGAGGACGAAGGGAGAGAGCGCGAGUCAGCAGCAGCAACAGCAUCAACGGCGAGUAGCACUAGCACCAGCAAACGACAUCAGCAGCAGCAGCAGCGGUAGCGGCAGCAUCGGCGGCGGCAGCAGCGACCACGACGGCGACUGCCAUCUUGAGCGUGACGCGCAACUCAGAGGUCGUGGGCUCCACCAGUGACGAAGCCACUGGAGUUUUGACGUGGCUGCUACGUACCUGCCCGACUGCCCACUCCGAUUGCAGCAAACUUGGUGACGAGAAAUACGUAACUGAGCUCGCGAGGUAGCCGGGCUAUGGAAAGUAUGGUCGAGGAAAAUGGAUCAGCCGUCGAUCCGUUGUCCCAAAGCUCCCAAAGUGGUGAUGCAGCACCAGCAAUCGCAACCUCGGUACAAUCUAUCGAUAGAACGCAUCAGCAGCAAACUCAUCACCUGGUAGCUUCUACCAGCAUUGUGCAACUGACGCUACCCUCGUCGGGAACAACACAGGUGCAAUCAGUCAUACAACCUAAUCAACAGUCCGUGAUACAAACCGCCACAAACAUCCAACCUGUCGCAAUCUCCAAAGGAAACGUUAUUCUGGUUAGCAAACCCAAUUCUGUUAUACAAACUGCACAAGGCAGCUUACAAACACUUCAGGUGGUUGAAACUGGUAGCGACGAUAGCUUUUCAGACGAGGAUUCACCCAAAAAGAGGAAUAUUCUAACCAGACGACCAUCUUACAGAAAGAUUCUCAAUGAUUUAGGCGGUGGAGAAAUUACAGACGGUCGUUUGCCCCCCUUAGAAUCAUCCUCCGAGUGUGAUUCUAACGUGGACAGUGAAGUGUCUUCCCAUUCGCUCCAUUACCAAACAGUAAUUCCUGCCGGUACUAUUCAAAUUGCGACCCAAGGGGAGGGAGUUCCGGGGCUUCACACGUUAACUAUGAGCAAUGCGGCAACGGCGGGCGGAGCUAUAGUGCAGUAUGCACAGGGCCAGGACACUCAAUUUUUUGUCCCAGCUUACACAGGCCACGGAGUGGUAGUCGAGGAUGCGGCACGAAAGAGAGAGUUAAGGUUGCUUAAGAACAGAGAGGCGGCGCGCGAAUGCAGAAGAAAGAAGAAGGAAUAUAUAAAGUGCUUAGAAAAUCGUGUUGCGGUGUUGGAGAACAGAAAUCAGACGCUAAUCGACGAACUGAAGUCGUUAAAAGAAUUAUAUCAGCAGAAAACCGACUGAGAUUGGUGUUUAAAGCCUGCGCGAUCAGUGUAUCGAAACUAUUAUCCAGUCGAUGAACCUGUACAUGUCUUGUUUGUGUACAUUAUCCUAAAUGUUGCUAGGGGUAAGCGAUGGUGAUGUACAUGCAUUCUUAUAGAUAUUUCUCUGUAACAUACUGUAUUUAAGUACGAAGGCUUGUGAAACUUGCUAUUACUAAAGCGGGAAGCCAAAGUUAUAUGAGACACGGAGGCAGCAAACACGUAGGCAAUAUUUCGUACAUCGGUCUCUAUUUUGGAUAUAAAACACAGCGCGCGAUUCAUACUCGAAAAUUAGAAUCUGUAUAAUUGAAAUUUCGAUCCUAUAGACUGGAACAAUUAGAUCGCAUUAAUAACUUAACUGGCGAACAAUAUUCGUGUUUGUUUAGCAUCACUGUCUACCGACCGUUUGUUCUAGAUGAAGGCGUGUCUUGCUUCACUACGAUACGCUGCAGUUUAUUUCUCUAUAUACAUAUGUAAAAAAACAGAUGUAUAUGGAAACGUUCAUGCGCUAUAGUUGGGAAUAGCGUUCCGAUUACCUGCAUGUAAAUAUUUCUGAAACGUGCCGUGGCUUACAACAAUGUAACAAUAUUCAAGACCAUUAUUGAUGGUAGAUUUAUCAGACAUCUGUUUCGUAUCUUCAUCUUUUGAGAAAAUUAUUUUAGAUAAACAAAUUAUUUUUUAAAAGUCUAAUUUUUCCUGUGAAAAACAUUUUGCAAAAGUAUUAUAAUGCUGUAUAAAUUGCGAUGUUUUUUGACGUUUUCUUAACAAUGUAGGAUUGACUUAAAUUAAUAGAUAAUAAUGCAGCUGUUGAAAACAGUACAAAGAUAAACAAAAAUCAUUUAUCAAAUGAGUGCUGUGAGACCGAGUCUCCUUUCAAUAGAAAUAAUACGAACGGUUUUUUUCUGUGCGUGUAAAAACCGUGCCAUGGCGAGACGCGCUUCCAUCUAUCGUAAAUAGAUCCUAAUCUUUAGAGGGUCGCAAACAAUUUUUUUCUUAAAUUAUGCAAAUUUUGCUGUAACAAAACAUACAAUGAGUGUAAAAAAUAUUCACAUAGAAGUUAUUUUUUAAAAACUUAUUUUUAGAAAGUAAAUAUUAGAGCAAUUAUUAAUGAGUACAUAUAUUAAUAACAUAUAUGUAUAUACAUACAAUUAUGUUAUUAAUAAAUUGAUAAUUAAUAUUUACUAUUUUCUAAAAAUAAGAUUUAAAGAAACCAUACGAAUACUUUAUACUCACUGUACAUACAUGUAUACAUCUAGCACAUAAUCUUAUGUAAAAAACGAUUUCGAAAUUAUAUUUGGCGACUCUUUAAAGAUUAAUGUACAAUCAAGAUGAAACUAUAUCUGUUUAGUUUCACAAAAAAAUUGAAAAGCAUGCAAUGUUGAGAAGGUUUAAACGCUUCUAAUGAAGUUGCUUUAAAAUUGAAUGCUCUAUAAAAAAAUCUUGACAUCGAUGUAGAGAAAAUGGUAAAUAUAGUUACACGAUAUUCGUGAUAUAAGAAAAGAAGAAAAAAAAGAAGACAUCUGUCAUUCUCCCAUAAUGUGUCGCCUCUUUUGUUUGCUGUAUAAACGUGCAGGGCGAUAUUACGUCGAUUUUAAAACGAGUAAAAUAACCAUGUUUUAUGUCUCGUCGGAAUGCCCCGUUCAUUAAAUGCUGGACAACACAACUUGUAAAAUAUGAAUGUAAUAUACAUCUGGAGUGCCUUGAAGAUUUAUGAUACUUGUGAUAUACAUAUGCAUAUGUUGGAUACAAAAGAAGAAACGCGCAACAUAUGCAUGUGUAUGUAUAUACGUAUGAAGGAAAUUAUGUUGUAGGUAAAUAUGGGUAGAUUAUAUAUAUAAAUAUAUAUGAUAUUUUUAAAGUACAUCAUUAAUAUAGUUUUAUGUACUUGACACACGCAACUCUAUCACGAGAAUUGUAUUAUUUUUGGGAACAUAAGUUCUCACGUAAUCUCAUUAUUGUCGAGUCAAAAAAAAAAUCAAUUACUGAUAUAUACUGACACUGCGCGCAAUGUAUUGUGGACAAUACGCGUGGUUUUAUCAUGAAGAGAUAGCGUUAAAGACCCAAAUAAAGAGCAUAAUUUUUUUAACAAAAAAACAUUGCAAUUGAUGACGUAUUGUGAAUUUCAGUUAUCACUCUAUUGGUGCAAGUAAUCUUGAAUUAGUAUGGCGUGAGCGUUAUCGCGAGAAAAUGUUUACUGACAAGUUUUCUAAUGCAAUGAUACGAAAAUUAUUUAUAACAGAGUAGUAUGUACCCGAAAAUUCGACGCAAAACACAUCAUUUAGAAAUUUCGUAUUUUACCGGUUUAUCUUAAUUAUUCGUAGUUUUGUAAUGCUAACGUGCAUAAUGAACAUUGUCAAUUUAUGAAACAUUGCUUGAAAAAAAAAGAAGAAAAGAAAACAGAAUGAAAGAAUCAUUAGAGAUAAUAAAUGUGCCGUAUCCUUUA